ACAGCAACACCAGACAUGAGCAAGAAAAAAAGCAAAGUGGUCCACACAACCAGAGCCUUUGCCCUCUUUUAAUUAUCUACAUCUUGUCCCCUUUUCACUUUUUUUCUCCAUAGACUCCCGGACGGUGGUAAUUAAGAAGAAGAGAAUAAAAGCAGCUGAUCCAGGGAGGGGUGGUGCAUUUUGCAGCGAGAUGGCUAACAGAGAGGUUCUGUGGCUGUUGUGUGGACUCUUCCUUCUAUUAGUGAUUCAGCCUUCUCUUCAAGGAGGUGUGUACAUACCACCUGGUGCUGGAGUUGGACCCGGAGCAGCAGGCUUCUAUCCAGGGUCUGCUGCAGGAGUCCCACCGGGCUACAAACCAGCCAAGCCUGCAGUUCCAGGUUAUGGAGGUGGAGGCCUGGUCCCUGGCGGGGUGGUACCUGGAGGAGUGGGGCCUGGAGGAGUAGGGCCUGGAGGAGUAGGGCCUGGAGGACUGGUGCCUGGAGGAGUGGUGCCUGGAGGAGUGGUGCCUGGUGGGCAAGGGUAUGGAGGACUUGUACCAGGACAAGGUGUGAAACCUCCAAAACCAGGAUAUGGCAACCUUGGAGUGGGCGGACUUGGCGGAGGGGGUCUUGGAGCCGGUGGUCUUGGGGGAGGUGUGUUUAUGGAGGAUAUGGGGGGGGGCGGUGGGGGGAUUUACCCAGGAGCUGGCCAGAAAGCUGCAAAAAGAGGUGCAGGGGGAGGUUUUUUACCUCAAACAGGAGCUGGAACUGGUCAUGGUCCUGGGGGAACUGGAGCGCAUAUAAUUCCUCAGACUGGCCUUCCUGGCGGGACGACUGGUGGAACAGGGAAAAAAGCAGCCAAAGUGCCAGGGGUGGGAAUACCUGGUCUCUACCAAGGGGGGCUAGUCCCUGGACAAGGCUUUGGGGGACGUGGAGUUCUUCCUGGAGUACCCACUGGGACUCACCUAAGUCAAAAAUCAAAUGCAGGAGGAGGGCAAACCGGAGUUGGACCAGGUGGCCGUGGAUAUGGUCAGACUGGAUUGUUUCAUGGAUAUCCUCUUAAAUCGCCUAAAGUGCCAGGGGCACAGGGAGCAAAACCCGGAGGAGGCAAACAGCCCUUUGCCUAUGGGGGGUUUGGCAAUACCGGAGCUGGACUUCCUGGAGGAAAGAGUAGUUCUGGAGCAAUACCUGGAUACCCUGUUGGAACAGGAGUGGGACAGCUUGGAACAGGCGUGCUGGGAGGAGGAGGUUAUGGAACAGGAGCUGGGCCUGGAGGAGUGGGUGGUGGGCAAUACUCAGCGGCUUCCAAAGCUGCAAAAUAUGGAGCGGGGGGUCAAGUGGGAGCAGGUGGACUGGGAGGAGGAGGUUUUGGUGGGGUCCCUGGAGGUGUCCCAGGUGGUGGACUCCCUGGUGGUGGCGGACUGGGUGGUGGGGGAGUCCCUGGUGGCGGACAAUACUCUGCUGCUGCCAAAGCUGCUAAAUAUGGAGUAGGAGGGCAGGUGGGAACAGGACUGGGAGGAGCUGGAGGUUAUGGUGGUGGACUCCCAGGUGGUGGUCUCCCAGGUGGCGGACUCCCUGGUGGUGGACUCCCUGGUGGUGGACUCGGUGGUGGAGGACUGGGUGGUGGUGGACUCCCUGGUGGUGGACUCCCUGGUGGUGGACAAUAUUCUGCUGCUGCCAAAGCUGCUAAAUAUGGUGCAGGAGGUCAGGUGGGAACAGGAUCGGGAGGAGCAGGAGGGUAUGGUGGUGUACUCCCUGGUGGUGGUGGACUGGGUGGUGGCGGACUGGGUGGUGGUGGACUUGGUGUUGGAGGACUCCCUGGUGGUGGCCAAUACUCUGCUGCUGCCAAAGCUGCUAAAUAUGGUGCAGGAGGUCAGGUGGGAACAGGACUGGGAGGAGCAGGGGGUUAUGGUGGCGGACUCCCUGGUGGUGGAGGACUUGGUGGUGGCGGACUGGGUGGUGGGGGACUCCCUGGUGGCGGACAAUACUCUGCUGCUGCCAAAGCCGCUAAAUAUGGUGCAGGAGGACAGGUGGGAACAGGUGGAGCGGGAGGAUAUGGUGGUUUGCCUGGUGGCGGACUCCCUGGUGGCGGACUCCCUGGUGGAGGACUCCCUGGUGGAGGACUCCCUGGUGGAGGACUUCCUGGUGGAGGACUUCCUGGUGGAGGCCUGGGUGGUGGACAAAUCUCUGCUGCUUCCAAAGCUGCUAAAUAUGGAGUAGGGGGACAAUUGGGAACAGGAACAGCGGGUGGAGGUUUUGGUGGAGCAGGAAGAGUGCCUGGAGGGGUUCCCAGUGGAGGACUGGGUGGUGGACAAUACCCUUCCAAAGCUGCUAAAUAUGGUGCUAGUCCAGGAGGAGCUGGAUUUUUUCCAGGUGUACAAAAUCCAGCAAGAAGUCCUUAUUCACCCGGCUAUGGAUCCUUGGCAUCUGGGGCAAAACCUCCAAAGUAUGGUGUAGCUGGAGGUGGAGGAGCUGGACAAGUUUUUUCUGGCACUGGAUAUGGAAAUGUUGGUACCGGGACCGGAGGGAUACCCUUUGGAGGUGGACAGUAUUCUGCUGCAGCAAAAGCUCAAAAAUAUGCACAAGUUCCUGGAGGCACGGGGCUAGCGACAGGAGUGGGAGUGCCUACUGGUUUUGGACAACAGCAUCUUGCGGCUGCAAAGGCUGCUAAAUACGGUUUGACAGGGGGUCCUGGAGGAGUUGUACCUGGUACUGUUCCAGGAGCAUAUCCAGGAGGUGUUAAACCACCCAAACUUGGUGUCACUGGAGAAGGACUUACUCUACCAGGAGCUACACCCAGUACAGGACUCGGGGGUCAGCUACACGGCUCUGUAGUCCCAGGUGGUACAAGUCGCCCCGGUGGACAGGAAGCAACUGACCAGGGUACCGCUGGAACAGCUCGGCCAGAAUCUAUUCCUGAUGCCGUUAAUGGCACAGUUCCAGGUGUCCCACAGCCCAGCAGUAAGAUGGCUGGUGGCAUUGUUCAACCCGAUGCUGGGACAAGUGUUGGUGGAGCCGGUGUCCUAACGCCCCCUCGUGGUGAUACUCCAGGACAGGGUCAGCCAGUUGCACCUGUUCAACAACCUGGAGUUGGUGUAGGUACUGGGGUCAAACCACCAAAACCAGUUGUUCCAGGCCCCGGUCAAGGAGGAGGGUUAUACCCUUAUUCUGGGCCAUAUUCAGGUCCUUAUGGCACUGGGCCUCAAGUGCAGCCUGGAGUCAAGCCUUUAAAACCUCCAAGUGCUGGUGGAACUGGGGGUGGAAUUGGAAUACCUCUGACAGCUGGUGGUUAUCAAGGAGGACAGCUGGGAGCAGGUGCUGGAGCUAAACCACCCAAACCAGGUUAUGGCAAUCUUGGAGGAGGUGGGGCAUAUCCUGGAGGAGGUGGGGCAUAUCCUGGAGGAGGUGGGGCGUAUCCUGGAGUCGUAGCUCCUGGGGUCCAGGGGUAUGGAGCAGGUUAUCCACAGUAUUUUCCAGGUCAAGGUCAAGGUGGCUACGUACCUGCUCCAUUGACUCCUCAGCAAGCUAAAGCUGCAAAGUAUGGUGCUCUUCAAGGUUUUCUUGGGGGUGGUGGAGGAGGAGGCUACAGAGGUCCCGUCACAGGCUGCCAGGGAAAAUACUGUGGGAGGAGGAAGUAGAGGAUCUCUAGAGAUUUAGAGUGACCUCAAUAACAUGGUGCUACUGCAUGAAUGAGAAUGUACAUUUUUAUAUAAAAACAAAACAACCCCAUAUUAAAAAUGUAAAGAUGUUUUUACUUGACUAUGAGGGAGUCCUUGUUAAAACCCACCGACUUAGAAUUUUUGCAUACUUCAGUGUUUAGCUGCCUUUGGGGACUCUGAUGACCCCCUCUUUGGGGUGUAACUUUUGGAGUCUUGCAUUUCUUUAUUUAUGUGUGCGUGUGUUACCCGUGUGUUACAUUUACAGCUGAAGAGUAAAACUGUCCUGGUGUUUGGUGCUUCCACUGUAGUCCUGGAGCUCCAGACGAAGCACAGAGUCCGUUGUGGCUAACAUGUCACACAGUUUAUCCUGGACUGUGUUUGCCCAAACCUGAUGAAGUCUGGCCACUCUGUGCGUCGUCUGUGAUUCUCCCAUAUUUGCAGCUAUUUUUAGGCAAAGCAGUGGGAAACAGGGUUUGGGCCAACCCAUCUGCUCUCUGAAGCUGCGCUCAUUUGGUUGCUAAGCAGUUCGACUUCCUCAGCAAUAUUCGCAACGUGUGCUGUAUCAAAAACAAUUGUUAUUGAUUCAGAGCUGAAAUCAAACUAUUAUUAUUCAGUAUCAGAUUCUGUGUGGAAACACAGCUGAUCCUCAGAGUUCUCCUCUUCAGUUGGCUACACUGUGUAUGAAUGUAGGCUUUCAAACAUUAUUUUCAGUGAUUAUUUACCCUCAUGUAACUUUAUAAUGUUGUUUCACAUUUCUGCAUCAACAUUGACUCAUAGCUUUAUCGUUAUCAGGAAUAUGUGAAUAUAACUUCUGUUUUGAAUAUACUGUAUGUAUUGCUCAUAAUCAUACAGAACUGGCCACUUUAUCGCCAUGUUUAAAAAGCACAUGCUCCCAUUGGUUUAUUUACUUGAUGUGUAAUUGAAGAACGCUUGCUGACCAAAGGUUAAUAAGUGCUGUUGCCAAGUGACAAUGUUUCUAAAGAAGUGUACUGUAUUUUGUACUAAUUUGAUGUUUGCUGGCUUCAGUUUAUUACUGUGCCACGUAAGAACGGACUUCUAGUCAGACUCUGUCUUGUGUGCCUUGGAAUACAUUUCAUCUUUAUUUAAAACUGUUUUUAUAAGGAGGAACAGUGUGGUUUUGCACUUUUACAUCCAUGACACACCAGAUUGAUAAAAUUGUAUUUGCUUCAGUGAAUAAUAUAUAAUAAAACGUAUUUAAAUGA